ACAUACGACGCUAUUAUGCCCGAGCAUGACGUCACGGCGUGCAAUCAACUCCAAAGUGCCUGGAAUCAGAGAACCGACUCUUUCCGGAAUCGACUCCCAAGACUAUUAAAGGCUGUCGGGAGCUGCAGCGAGUUCACACCGGUUUUGGGGCCUUUGACCUCAAACAUGACCUCAUCGCAAUCUGCCGUCGUCCUGCUCCUGCUUCUGACUCUUGCUUGUGGCCUGAGGCAGGGCAGCGUGAUGAUCGAUACCCUGAAUUCAGAGCAGGCCGUCGACCCAAGCGAAGGCACCUUAGAUGAAGGAGGCGCAGAGCAGCAGGGUGGCUCGGCAGAAGGCCAGAGAUACUUGGUGUUUUGUGGUGAAGAUGCUAUGGAGGUAGUUUUGCCCCCAGGCUCUCUCUCUGAGAUGCAGGUCUUUGAUUCGUCAGGAAUGUAUCCCGUCUUCAGCCUUCCAGAGGCCUGUGACUACUCUCUAACCAGGGAAAACGGGAGGGUUGUUCUUCACGUCCACUUCGCUGGCUGUCCCGUCACUGUUGAGGAGGGCAGCUACACUCUGAGAUUCCUGUAUCGUAAAGACGCUGGGCAGCUUGAGAUCGUCACGGUGUCCUGCAGUAACUCCAGUGAUGCGCCCUCUUCAAAAAAACCACGAUCUUCACGCCAUCCUGUUCUGUCCUACCCUGCUGUCAAGAUAUCCUCUCCCCAAGCAGUGCAGCGGUACUUUCCUUAUCCGCUGUCCCCUACCGCAGGGGAACCAGUGUCCGUUCCCCAACCUGAUCCUUCCCCAUUGGAUCUGCUGUUCUUUCCUGAAUUUGAUCCGCUGUUCCCUACACCAGGGGUUCCACUGCCGGCUUUCCAAUGGGAACAACCGUCUCCCACACCAACCAGUAUGCAUGUGCCGGCGGUGCCCUCGUCUCUUGGGCGUCGUUCAAAAUGCAAACAACGAGGGGAUCGACUCUCCUCUCCCCGAUUGGAGCCACUGUCCUCUCCUGAAUUUGGUCCACUGUUCCCUACACCAGGGGUUCCACCGCCCACUUCCCAAUGGGAACAACUGUCCCCUUCACCAGGGGUUCCACUGCCCACUCUCCAAUGGGAACAACUGUCCCCUUCACCAGGGGUUCCACUGCCCACUGCCCAAUGGGAACAACUGUCCCCUUCACCAGGGGUUCCACUGCCCACUGCCCAAUGGGAACAACUGUCCCCUACACCAACCAGUAUGCAGGUGAUGGCCAUGCCCUCAUCUCUUGCGCUGCAUUCAAACUUCAAAAAAGGCUGCAGCUUUUCUAGUGGUCAGAGAUUGCCGUGUGGUCGUCCUGGGACUACAGCUGCCGAGUGUCUGAGGAAAGGAUGCUGCAGAGACGAGGCGACUUUCGCUUGUUACUACCCCAUGGAUGUAUGUUUGGCUGACGGGCAGUUCAUCUUUGUCGUUCCCUCCAACGUUGCUGGUUUGCCCAUAAACCCUGCACGUCUGAUGGCGGUGGGGAGGAGUAGCUGUAAACCCGUCAUUGCCAACAGAGACUUUGCCGUUUUCAAGUUUGGGGUGACGGAGUGUGGAACGCGUUCUUAUCAAAUUGGAGAAACAACAGUUUACUUGGCUGAAGUGCAGUCGCCAAUCAGGAAGCGCAUCCUGCAGUACGGCAUCAUAAUCAGGGAUAAUCCUGUCAGGCUUAUGGUUGAGUGUCGCUACUCAAAGGGCAGUUUGGACCUUGCGGACUCUCCGGUCCUUGCAGACCCUCUGGCGCCGCAGGCUUCUCAAAGCCGUUUGAUGAAGGGCUGGGCUAGUGCUGGAUACAUGGUGAAGAGUGCCAGCCUGCCAGCCUUGGUGAGGGCCAAGGGACUGUAUGGAGUCCAGCUUCGGAUUGCGCAGGAUGAGACCUUCACCAAAUUCUGCUCUGAGGAUCACCAGCCCCUGAAAGUUCUCCUGGGUAAACCUGUGUACCUGGAACUGCGAAUAAACGCUCCCAACCCUAAAGCCACUCUGGUGGUGCACUACUGCGUGGCCUACCCUCGCUCUGCUAAGAGUGCCUUGGUGCUGCUGUAUGAGGGUUGCCCCAACCCUCUCGAUUCCGACAACAUCUCGAUCCUCUACGUGGCCGGCCAAUCGCAGGAUCCCCACGUGCGGCGUUUUGAAGUGAAGGCCUUCCAGUUUAUGGACAAGUCCACCAAUAAAUACCUCAAUGAGGAGAUCUACUUCAUGUGCUCUACCGAGGUCUGUAUGCCGUCCCAGACUCCGUGUAAGGAGACCUGCUUUGAUGGCAAGUCUUCAUCUACCACAGCUGCAGAUGUGUUGAACUCAUAUUCUCAAUUAAAAGUCAAGCACUUUUAAAUUCAA